AUGACGAAAUGGGCACUUCCUGCACCUGAAAACCUGGAAACUGGGGACUCUGCUCUGUCUGCUCUGUAUGCACCAAACCAAUGUCCAUUCGACUGGCUGCAUGAUUUCCAUGCAACACCGCUGCUCCGAUUGACCACCACCGUUGGGUUCGUCCUGAGGCUGUGUGGGAGUGACACGUUUUUCCGGCUUGAUGAAGUGUUAAACGCUGUUCCAGAUUCCCAGAGAAUCCUUGCUUCACAGACUAUGCCUAAACCAGAGGAUUCUCAGACUCCAGAAUCUCUGACUCUAGAUCCUGCUAACGAACCUCCACCUAUCCAACCUCCAGCUCCCACCCCUACUCCUAGGGUGACUGUUCCUUCAGCUCCUCUUCCAGAUUCUUCUUCCUCUAAAGCCGAUUCUUCCUCGGCAGCAGCUGUUUCUCCCUCAAUUAAUAGAAAUGGGUUAAUUUGCAUCGAUGGAGAGCCACUGGAGGUGGGGGACUGCAUCUCUGUCCUUCCCGAGGAUUCCUCCAUGCCACUGUAUCUAGCCAGGGUCACGGUACUGUGGGAAGACGAGGGCAGGGAGAUGUUCCAUGCACACUGGUUCUGUGCUGGGACAGACACAGUCCUUGGAAACCUCUCCAACCCCCUGGAGCUGUUCCUGGAGGACCACUAUGAAGACAUGGAGCUUUCCUACAUCCACAGCAAGGUCAAGGUCGUCUACAGGGCGCCCUCGGAAAACUGGGCCAAGGAGGGAGGCAUGGAUCCUGAGACCAUGCUGCCAGAAGCUAAGGAUGAUGAAAAGACCUAUUUCUACCAGUUCUGGUACAACAAGAAACAUGCAAGAUUUGAAUCCCCUCCCAAGACCCAGCCGACAGAGGAGAACAAACAUCAGUUCUGUCUCUCUUGUAUCCGACUGGGUGAGCUGAGACAUAAAGAAAUGCCUAAGGUCCUAGAGCAACUUGAUGAGGUGGAUGGCUGGAUCUACUGCAGUUCUAUCACCAAGAAUGGUGUUGUCUACCGAGUAGGUGACAGUGUGUACCUGCCUCCUGGGGCCUUUACCUUCAACAUCAAGCGGGCUAUUCUCUUGAAACACUCAAGGAAGAAGCAUGUGGAUGAGAAACUGUACCCUGAGCAUUACCGCAAGAAGUGUUCAGAGUACAUCAAAGAGAGCAACCUGGAUGCUCUGGAGCCCUAUCGCAUCGGUCGGAUAAAAGCAAUUCAUUUUGGCAAGGAAAAUGGCAAGGUUAAUGAGGCAGACAUCAAGAUCAGGGUCAACAAGUUCUACAGGCCUGAGAACACCCACAAAUCUACCCCAGUGAACUACUACAAUUUAGACAUCAACCUGCUGUACUGGAGUGACGAGGAAGCUGUGGUGGACUUCAGUGACGUGCAAGGCCUCUGCACUGUGGAGUACGGGGAAGACCUGCCUGAGAGCAUUGAUGAUUACUCACAGGGGGGCCCUGACCGCUUCUACUUCGUGGAGGCCUACAAUGCAAAGAGCAAAAGCUUCGAAGACCCUCCCGAUCACACCCGCAACCCUGGGAACAAAGGGAAGGGAAAAGGAAAAGGGGAGGCACAGUGUCAGGUGUCAGAGCCCAGAGAGCCCGACACAACCAUCCAAUUGCCUAAGCUGCGGACCCUGGAUGUGUUUUCUGGCUGUGGAGGGUUAUCAAAAGGAUUACACCAAGCCGGCAUCGCAGAGACACUGUGGGCCAUUGACUCGGUGGACGCGGAAGCCCAGGCAUUCCGGCUGAACAACCCUGGCUCCAUGGUGUUCACAGAGGACUGCAAUGUGCUGCUUAAGCAGAUCAUGGCUGGCGAGGAGACCAACUCCUACGGCCAGAAACUCCCCAAGAAGGGCGAUGUGGAGAUGCUGUGUGGUGGACCACCCUGCCAGGGUUUCAGCGGCAUGAACCGUUUCACCUUCAAUUCGUACUCCACGUUCAAAAACUCGCUAGUGGUCUCCUUCCUCAGCUACUGUGACUACUACAGGCCGCGUUUCUUCCUUUUGGAGAAUGUCAGGAACUUCGUGUCCUUCAAAUACUCCAUGGUGCUAAAGCUCACACUGCGCUGCCUAGUCCGCAUGGGCUACCAAUGCACCUUUGGUGUGCUGCAGGCUGGACAGUAUGGUGUGGCCCAGAAACGGAAGCGGGCCAUCAUUUUGGCUGCAGCCCCAGGAGAGAAGCUGCCUCUGUUUCCAGAGCCUCUGCAUGCGUUUGAACCCCGUGCCUGCCAGCUGAGCGUUAUAGUGGAUAAACAGAAGUAUGUUAGCAACAUUACCAGGCGGACUUCAGGCCCCUUCCGACCCAUCACGGUGCGGGAUACCAUGUGUGACCUCCCUGAGAUCCAAAAUGGAGCAUCGGCCCUUGAGAUCUCCUACGAAGGAGAGCCACAUUCCUGGUUCCAGAGGCAGGUGCGGGGCUCACACUACCAGCCCAUCCUCAGGGACCAUAUCUGCAAGAAUAUGAGACCAUUGGCGGUUGCCCGCAAACGGAACAUUCCAACGUUCCCAGGAUCAGAUUGGCGUGACCUGCCCAAUAUAGAAGUGCAGCUGACAAAUGGCACUUGGACCAAUAAGCUGCGCUAUGAGUAUCAUGACGUGAAGAAUGGCUACAGCAGCACUGGCGCCAAGCGUGGGGUCUGUCCCUGUGCAAUACCUGGUAGGGAAUGCGACACCAAUGCCAAGCAGUUCAACACCCUCAUCCCCUGGUGCCUGCCGCAUACUGGGAACCGGCAAAACCACUGGGCCGGCCUCUACGGGCGCCUGGAGUAGGAUGGCUUCUUUGGCAUCACUAUCACCAACCCUGAGCCCAUGGCGAAGCAGGGCCGUGUGCUCCAUCCAGAGCAGCACCGGUUGGUGAGCGUGCGGGAGUGUGCCCGCUCGCAGGGCUUUCCGGACACCUACCGGCUCUUCGGCGACGUCUUGGACAGACACCGGCAGGUGGGUAAUGCUGUGCCGCCACCGCUGGCCAAAGCCAUUGGCCUGGAGAUCAAGCUCUGUAUGUUGGCCAAAGCUCAGGAGAUGGCCACAGCUGCAGUUCAGGUAAAUGAGACUGCGACGACGACUAGCUCUGCUCUCUCCCAGAGCCCCAGGCCCACAGAUACUGUGUUUUUAACCGGUUGAGCCCCAUCAUUUGAAAUGUUGUGCAGUGUCUGUGGCCAUGGUUGAC